CUAAGAAAUUUGGCAGAGAAGAGGCGUGUGAAAAGAUCGCCAUAUUUGAUAGGGUGCUACAGCUGAACCACCGCCUCGUGAACCUCUAUAAAUAAGGGCCUCUCUUCCUCACAUCCCCCAUCAUCCAGACGGCUAUUCCUGUAUCAAGACUGAAACAGCAGUGUUGGGGGGAUAUACUAAACAGAGGAUGAAGAUGAGAAUGGCUCACGAGGGAAGGCAUCAUCAUGAUCCACAUCUUUGUCAUGAGAUGGGUAACGGAGGCGGACAUGGGCUUCAUGGCGGGCAUGGUCCCCACGUAGGAGGACCUCUCUUUGGGCAUGGUCUCGGAGGGCAUGGGUUUCGUGGACAUGGGCAUCAUCUGAGGGGUGUUGUUGGACAUGGGGUUCAUGGUCAUGGACAUGGGCAUCAUCUGAUUUCGGGUCAUGGACAUGGACAUGGACACGGACGCGGACAUGGACACGGGCAUCAUAUGAGGGGUCUUUUAGUCCAUGGGCAUGGAUUUUUCAAACAUGGUCAUCAUGGUCAUUGCCAUGGUCACGGUCAUGGUCACAAAGGGAGGCGCCAUGCGCAUGGCCGGUGCGGGAGGCGUCAUACCUCCAAGGGGCAGUCGGAACCAGAAAAGGAACAGGAAGAGGAGCAGGAAGUCGCGGCUGCGACGCCGACUCCAAUAACCGAGCAACUCGGUACUCUCGCUCUGACUGCAGACUAGAGAGGACGCUCGGAGUUGGGGCUUGGACAAUAAGGACGCCGCGUGUCAGCAAUAAUGUGUUUUUGGGGAUUUCCUGUUUUGGUUCCUACCAGUAACCAGUACCCGUUUUAUCUUUUUGGGUUAAUUCGGCUGGAUGAUCAGAUUCAGCGGUUGAAGUAUUGUGGAGGUUAAUGGAAGUUUCAUUGUACUGUUCGUGUGCCAAUAUUAUGCAAUGGUACACUACAAAUUAGUGUGAUGAUAUGGGUCGUUUGAGGCGUCGGAUUAAACGAUUCCACAUGUUUUAUGCAGAAGAUUUGAAGGUUCUAAACUCUAA